AUGGAACUAUCAAAGACUUUAAACGUGUUUAAGAAAUUUAUUUUAUUCUUCUUGUCAUUACAUAUUUUACAAAUCGAAUCACAAGCUUCUGAAAACAGACACAAAGUUGUAAUAAUUGGUGCAGGAAUUUCUGGAUAUUCAGCUGCAGCAAGAUUAAUAGAAAAUGGAGUUGAAGACAUUGUCAUCCUCGAAGCAGAAAAUCGAACUGGUGGAAGAAUUCAUAGCGUUCCAUAUCGAGAUGGUUUUAUUGAUUUAGGAGCUCAAUGGGUGCAUGGACAAGAUGGAAAUAUAAUUUAUGAAAGGUUUAGUAACUACUUCGACUUUGGUGACACAGGAUUUGACUUUGCUGAUUAUUAUUUUCAUCAAUCUGAUGGAGUUUCUUUGAAUCAGAAUCAUACGACGAUGUUAGAUAAUUUAGCAAAUGAAGUUCUGUGGAAUUCUUUUGAUCGAAUGGUUCAUUAUGGUGGAUCAUUUGGAAGUUUCUUUGAAAGAUUUUAUACAAAAGGUUUAAUGAACCAGAAGUUUAUUAAUGUCCCAUGGGCAUUGGCACAUCAAAUGCAAGAUUACCAUCACAACAGGGUGAACACUUACUUUGGAACCACCAGUUGGUUUGACAUUUCAGCACAGAUUAUGGCAGCUCAAGGGACGAAAACUGGCAGUAAUUGGUUGACAUGGAGACAAAGUGGAUAUAAAACAGUUUUUGACUUUAUUACAAAAAAACUUCCAGAUCCGAGUCAGUACUUGGACGUUGAAAGUAAAAUUCAAUUGAACAAAGAAGUUACAAACAUCGCAUGGGGCGACAACUUAGCGAUCAUUAAAUGUGCUGAUGGUUCUGAAUACACCGCAGAUUACGUUGUUUUUACAGCAUCUCAUGGUGUUUUAAGAGCGCACUAUGAAAGUUUGUUCACGCCUAAACUUCCCGAUCGAAAAAUAUUAGCGAUUGAGAAUAUUGGAUAUGGAUCAUUAGAGAAGAUUUUUCUUGAAUUCGCAAUACCAUUUUGGCCAACUGAUCCAAAUUGGGUUCAGUACACAAUUCUUUGGUCACAAGAAGACAUCAAUGCAGUGACAGGAACUGAUCGAGAAUGGCUUCUUGACACGAGAGCUUUCUUCAAAGUUGACGGAUUUCCAAAUCUUUUGAGCGCAUUCUUCAUUGGAGCAAAUAUCAAAGAUUUUGAACAGUUUACUGGCGAAAAAAUUGCGAACGACUGCAUGUGGUUAUUGGAAAGGUCGCUUAGAAAAUCUUUGCCACGUCCAAUUAAUGUUCAACGAACUCAAUGGAUAACUGAAAAGAACUUCUUGGGAUCAUAUUCGAUUUUAUCAAUGGACACUGCUCGUAAUGGAGUGUCACCAUUUGAUUUAGCUGAACCAUUAUUCAAUAGCAAUCGACGACCGAUUAUAUUCUUUGCUGGUGAAGCAACAUAUUUUGCAUUCACUGGUUACACCGAUGGUGCUAUGGCUUCUGGUUACCUGGCUGCUGAUGAGAUCUUAAGACACAGUCAUGGAAAUCGAAACACUUUUCAUAAGUAUUUAAGUUUAAUUAUUUUAUUUUAUGCAUCACUUUCGAUCAAAAUUUAAAUGUUUUAUUUAUUUAAUGACCCAUUGAAAAUUUACAAGAAAAUUUUAUUAAAAAAAUGAAAAGUUUAUCAAAAUCCACUGCAACAUAAAAAUUGAUCAGUUCGACAUCUUGCAAUAGAAAUUUGAAUUUUUCUGCAAUUCCAC